GAAUCUGUCUAGCACUCCCCUAGGGCCCUCCUCCAGCCUCAAUCCCUCUCGGAUCAGUACUUGCACGAAUCACGACGCACGCCGCUGGGAAGUCUUCUCGCCUCACCUUCUCUCAUUUGGCGGGUCGCCGGAGCGCAGGCAGCCGCGGACAAUCCCACCCUACCAAAUCUCGAGCCUACUAGAAGCUUGCGUGCCUGCCCUCGCAUAGGCUUCUCCGGAUCCCGCAACCUUCUAGAGCGCCUCCCACGCCUCCCCGUCAUCCGGAUCUCGAGGCCUCCCCUUCUGGGCGCGGCGCGGCGCCAGGCGGCGAGAUGGCGGCUCCAAAAGGACCAAUGCCCCUUGAAUCAGCUAUCCCCAACGCCAUUGCGUCCGAGGAGUCUAAAGCCGUUGUGGCAGAGAACGGGAAGACGAAUGAUAUUCAGGACAAGGAAGUUAGCAUGGAAGGCCUGUGCUACAUAAGUGCUUACGAUCAGUGGACGCCUCUCUCUGUGUCUGGGCAGCUUCCAAGACCUCGCUAUAAGCAUGGAGCAGCUGUUGUUCAGCAGAAGAUGUAUAUCUUUGGUGGAAACCACAAUGGCCGUUACCUUGGUGACAUUCAGGUUCUGGACUUGAAAAGUUUGUUGUGGUCAAAGCUUGAAGCUAAAUCACAAUCAGGACUUUCAGAAUCAGCUGAGACAGUUUCGGUUGCUGCAUGUGCUGGUCACUCAUUGAUUCCAUGGGGAAACAAGAUCUUGUCUCUUGCAGGACACACCAGAGAUCCUACAGAGAGUCUCAGUGUUAAGGAGUUUGAUCCACGAACCUGCACUUGGUCAACUUUACGUACUUAUGGAAGAUCACCGAGUUCACGUGGCGGUCAAUCAGUGACUCUUGUUGGCAACACUUUAAUCGUGUUUGGUGGUGAAGGUGCUGGGAGAACUCUUCUGAAUGACCUGCACAUUCUUGAUCUCGAGACCAUGACUUGGGAUGAAUUUGAGACUACAGGUACUCUCCCUUCUCCAAGGUCAGAGCAUGCUGCUGCAUGCUAUGCAGAGCGGUAUCUCUUGAUAUUUGGUGGGGGGUCUCAUUCUACAUGUUUCAGUGACCUACAUCUCCUUGACACGCACGCCAUGGAAUGGUCAAGACCAGAGCAGCAGGGUAUUAUUCCAGAACCAAGAGCAGGGCAUGCAGGUGUAGCUAUUGGAGAAAACUGGUUUAUUACUGGGGGUGGAAAUAAUACGAAAGGUGUCCCAGAUACUCUUGUACUCAACAUGUCUACAUAUGUAUGGUCAAUUGUUAUUAGUAGUGAAGGCCGUAACCCCCCAACAAGUGAGGGCUCAAGUUUAGUACCGCACACGAUCAGUGGAGAAGAUUUUCUGGUGUCAUUUGGAGGAUACAGUGGACGCUAUAGUAACGAGGUUUAUGCUCUCAAGCCAAGUCUCAAACCAAGUCUCAGGCCAAGUGAUCCAGCUCAGCAAAUAAAUGAACCUGAGACAAAUGGCAUUGCUCCCAUAUCUGUGGUUGCGACUUCUAGCAGGAAAGCCAUAUUUGAAAUCGAAGAACUUCAAGAUGAAAAGGGUAGCAGUAGGGCAAAUAUCAGCAAAACCUUGGUGCAAGCAGUUAAGGGUGAGAGGAACCAGGUAGAAGACGGACUUUAUCAAGAGCGACUGCAGAAGCUCCGCUUGAAGCAGGAACUAGCUGAUGUGGAGGACAGAAAUGUGGAACUUGCUAAGGAACUUGACUUAGUCCAAGAUCAACUUUCUGCUGAAGGAGUGAGGGCUUCCAAACUCGAGAAUGACAUUUCAGAACUUCAACAACGGCUACAGAAGAUGAAUGCUCUAGAAUAUGAGUUUGAAUCGCUUCACCGUGAAAUGGAUGCAGCAUCCGAAGAAGCAGCUUCAAGUAGCAACCAGCCGCCCCGUGGUGGGGGCUUCUGGAGAUGGAAUGGAUAGCUCCUCAUGUUGGAGUUUUGAAAAGAGGACAUUUUUAUAGUCACAUUCGUUAAUUUUUGGUCUAUCCUCGAAAUUUGUAAGUGAAUCCAACAUGAAUUCUUGGAUGAUACUCAGAACGCAUAUACCUAUUUUUAGAUGUAAAGAACAUAAUCAAAGACUGUGCAAAGAACUUUAAAAAGUUAAAGAAUCUCAUGUGUCUCCAGAAUUUGAGUUAUAUUCGCCAGUACUGUUCUCAAUUCUGUUUCUAGUUUAAUCAUAAAUGAUUUAUUUUCCUCCAUAUCCUGUUACA